CGCUGCGCCCCAUUCUCCCCCCCCCCCCCCCCCCCCCCCAGAAACACAGGCACCCACCGCCACCGCCCACCGGCCACCGGCAGUGCGCGCGGAACCGCUCCUGCCCGCCACGUGUCCCCGUCUCCCGUCCCCACGUUUAAAUGUCAUGUCCCGCUCGCCACCCAUCCUCCCCCCUACUUCCAAUUCAGCGAGCGAUUCACCACCCCACCACCAAACCGUCUCCGUCGCGCCUCCCGAAUCCCCGUCGAAUCCGAGCUCCCGGAGGCACCCGAGGCGCGGGCUCCCCAACCGCCUCCCGACCCCGCGGGCCUGCGCUGCGCACCGCGACGAAAACAAAGAACUACUGAUCAAUAUAAAAUGGCUGUAAGCUUCAAAUACUGGGACGAUUGCUUGGAUCCAGAGGAUAUGAGAUUGAUGUGGCAGGAUCCUGUUGUAAGUAAAGAGUGGAAUGAUGCUGGGGAAGAGCAAGGACAGAAAGUUCACCUGUCACGGGACCCUGAUGGUGAAGCAUAUCUCACACAAACUGAAAUGAUGGCAGUGGCGGCAAUUACCGUCCAUAGACAUUUCAAAUCGCAGCUAGACCCGUAUAUGAUAGGAGCACUUGCUGAAAUUGCAAGUGGAAGGAGACUCUUUGUAGAUACCUAUGAUCGCAAGACUAAAGAAACCAAGGUUGGCAUACUGCAGGUGGCACCUGAAGUUGCUCAAUGGCUUGGAAGGGAACUAGGUUACAAGAGUUAUGACAUUGAAGAUAAUACUAAUUUGCUGUACUGGCCUCUUGUGAAUGUCUAUUUUGGUGCUGCUUAUGCAAAAUGGCUCUUCUCUUGUGAUGACAGACAAAGAACUGAAGAAUUUGUUGUUAGAGCAUAUAAAGGCGGCAAAAAGAAGGCUGCUCACAAAUCAACUUCCCCCAUCUUCCAGCGUUAUCUUUAUGUGAAAGAGAACCUGUUGUCUAUAAGACAACCAGAAAUUUGCCAUGACCUCGCUCCUGACCAAGAAAAACUGUCAAGCACAGAAUCACAGUUGAUAUAUUGGGAUUCCAAGGUAUCAGAGGCUGAUAUGGAUGCAAUGUGGAAACAUCCUGAUGUGUAUAAGGAGUGGAUAAAAUCUGGUGAGAGACGUGGAAAUGUACGAUUCUCCCAUGAUGCAAAGAACAGGCCUUACCUUUCUCGCGUUGAGGUGAAGGCUGUUGCCGAAAUAAUCAUAUCACGCCAUUUGAGCACAAGAGGAGUAAAACCAGAAGCUCUCGCAGCACUUGCAGAGGUUUGCAGUAUGCGCUUUGUUCAUGGAGUAAGUACCCGGACUGGAUUGAUGGGAAUAGACUACCCUACUGCUGUAUGGCUUUCCAGGGAUUGUGGCUACAGGGCAUAUACACUGAUCUCUGUGGAUGAUCUCUACAAUCCUUUUGCAUCAAUGUACUUUGGUGCAUCGUACUUGGCAUGGUUGUCUCAGUACGAAGGAAGGGAGCAAAGCUACGAAUUCAUUGUCCAGGCUUACCUUGGGGGACCAGAGAAUGUUAGUCUUCAGGAGACUGGACCGUUUUGGAACCAAUUCCUGGAGUCAUUAACACAGUAUCAAGAUCCAAAGAAGGACAAUAAUAAUAGCUGCUGUAUCUUGUGAAGUUAUCUGAUACCUCUUCCAACUUUGGUUACUGAAGUUUCUGCUGAGGAUCAUUUAUGAAUGCUCAUCGACAUUCUUGCCAAAUUUCAAAUCCCCUCCCGAAGGGUUCGGGUACUGGCAAACAAUUUUGCUUGCUAGACAACACGAGGUACAGGAUAACAGGGGCUGUCAGUUCGUUCAUACAUUUUGGUCGCUGGCGCCUUGCUCAUGUUUAAACAAUUAUUGAUCCCAUCUCGGUUCAUACAGCUGCCCACACCCCCACCCCCGGUUCCAUAUGUUUUUUGUUCUACUUUUACCAUCAGAAAGUUAACGCCCUUCCUGUUCUUUCCGCUCAUUGGUGUAUGGCAUACUGUACCUCUGUUGUAUAAUAAUAGGAACUUUAGAAGAAAAUGGCCUUUGUAAAAUUAUCGACGCUCCAUAGUACAUGUGCUACCGUUAUAGAUGUACCAACUGAUACUCUGAUAGCAGAACCGUAAAAUGUCGUCGCA